AUGGAUAUCUACUUCAAUGGUUAGCCCAUUUAGGUGCCUGAAAACUUGACAUUCUAUUAAUUAUUUUAGUAUUCUGGCCUUCCUGGCAAUAUUAGCGACAAAUAUUGGCAACGAAAUGGUUAGAUUUUGUUAGUAAAUUAAAAUUCUUUAGUAAAAGAUCUUGUCUAACCUCAUAAUUAACUUUAACUUAUAGAUAAGCCAUAAAAGACAAUAUAAACUUUCAAUUAGCAAUAAGGGAACUUUGGAAACCCGAGUAUUAUUUCUAAUUAAAGUACUUUGUAAUAGAAGACAAUACCUUAAUAAAUUUAAAGUAAUCCAACUCCCUAAUUUGUAAUUGCUCAGGGAGUAUUCUAACCUCAGAUAUAAAUAAAAUAAGUCUCGUAAAACCCACAAUCGCCUUAUUAAAGUAUGUAAUCUUCUAAUGUAAAUUUAUUACCCUAAAUGAUUUAUCAAACCCCAUAAUAGAAUGUUAAUGAUGAUAUUUUCACAACAGUAUAGGAUCCUAAUCCAAAAGUGGAUGAUAUAUUUUCAACAGCAUAUUAAUAUUCAAAUUACGAAACAGAUCGAUAGAAUUAUCUGAGAAAUAAAGGAACAUCUCCUGGAAAUAAAUUUUUGCAAUAAAAAAGUUAUGGCUAUAUGUUUACUUUAGAUAAUUAUGGUGAUGAUCUGAUAAUUGAAAAAUUGGAUUCAUCUUUUUAUCUAAAAUUAAACAAUUAAUUCUCCCUAAAUUUAAUCAGAUAAUUAAACAUUCCUGAUAAGAAACAAAAGUUUGAGAGCAAUGUCAUAUUAGAUCUAAACUGUACUAGGGUUUCAUGGAUACAAGAUUUGGAAAUAUUAGCUGUUCAAUUCAACACAGGGAAGAUCAUCGCCAUCUAACUAUAUAUGGGAUGAAUUGAUAAUAAAAUACAAUAUAAUUAUGAAUUAUUGUAAAAUUUGAUUCCAAGA